AUGCAAAUGGACGACGCAGAGGCCAAGAAAAAGCGAAAGUCGCCCAACUCGGGUCCCGAUUCGCCGCGGCCCUAUAUCUGUCCGAUAUGCUCGCGGGCAUUUCACCGUUUGGAGCACCAGACAAGACACGUUCGAACACAUACAGGAGAAAAACCGCACGUUUGCGAUUUCCCUGGGUGUACCAAACGGUUUAGCCGAAGUGACGAACUCACAAGACACAAACGUAUACACACGAACCCACAUCCCAAGGGCAAAAGAGGACGCAAAAAGAAAACGGAUGUUGCGAGCGGAAUCAGCAAUAGUACAGACCUUGGAGCGGCCAACAGUGCCGGGAGAGAACGCAAACCAAGGGGGUCGACGACUUUCCAGCUAGGUGACGCAGAUGACGACGAAACCUCGGACGUCAACAACGCGGCAAGCUCGUCUGAGGAGCAAAGUAUGGGUCUUCUUGUCAACGCAGCUCUUGGCAGUUUGCCCGCGACAGACAACAAAAACCCUCAGGAAGGGCCAGGUGCACUUCACACCGUGCGCUCUCUUCCAUCCUUGAAAUCGUGGGAUCCUUCUCAGGCCCGAAGCUCGCCUCCGGGACAAACUCCUGUAGGGGGCCAAGCUUACUAUUCAUCAGCUGUCAAUCUACACCAACCAGAGAGCUUGCCUUUCAAACCGGUACCGUCACGUCUCAAACUGAAUGUACUUUCGUCAUUACAAAAGAUGACCCCGUUGGCGCCAGUUGGAAGCCCCGAACGAAAUCUCAAUCUUCCAAGCCCCGAGAUCGUAAAGCCAGGGUUUGUAUCCCAAGACGGGCACACCACACAGAUACCUCGAGCAAGAAGCACUCUCGGUGCAUUUCCUGCGCACGGUUCCUCGAGCUCACUAACUAGCAUUUCCAACUUGAUCACGGCCGAUGAUGGUGACGACGAACUCGACGACGAGGAACUGGGCAGGGCCCGCAAAAAGUCGAGAACUACCACUCCAACCAUGAGCCGCAGCCACAGUCGCACAAACUUACUUUCGAGUGCAGGCUCCUUCACAAAUUUGCAUCAUUUGCAGCAGCCUCCAGGCAUCGCGGGCAUGCUGUCAUCCAAGACGUCGACAACCGAUUUCAGCAGAGAGCUAGACCAAAAACUACAAAACGUUCAAAAGACACACUCGGGCCAAUAUUUGGACCAUUACGUUUCUACGCCAUCUGCCGCGCAUUCUUCUGCAACGUCAGCCAAGUACACACCGCUGGGGACCCCUCCUCGAAUACCGAGUCCUUCGAAUGCCAAAAUCAGUUUAGAUUUGAAGGGCGCAGCAGAAAACGGCCGUCGUGCGGGGGAAGAACCAGUAUCAGAUCUGCCUCCUAUUAGGAGUUUGCAUUUACAGUUUCCCACUGGAUGA